AUGCUGCUGGUAUCACUGCUGCUCAUGGGGCUGGACUGCUUGCUGGGAGCUCCGACCGGGAGAGAGGUCUACAGGAUGCCCCAGAGCGCACUCAAAGCUUUGUCGGACCGUGGCACUGUGGUUCUGGAGGCGGCUCUGACCAGUGCUCUGUCUGCUGUGGAGCGUGCUUCAUCUGACAGAAGCCGGGCCGAGGCAGGCUGUAGGGGCUGUGUUCCCUGUCUGUUUCAGGACUGUGGUCAGCAGUCCGGUUUCUGCUCCUCUCCUGCCAGUGCCCUAUCAGAACCCAGCUGUGAUAUCAUCAGUAAGGUGCAGAAGGUUCAGAAUGAGGCAGAGCGGAGCUGGGCUUUGAGCCAGGCUUGUGCGUUUUACCAGCAUCGCUGCCCACCAGGCGAAUUGGACAAGGAGAGCUGCAUCAGGAUUAUGGGCGAGAGUUGCAGUGCCCGUGUCCUCCAGUGCAGCCUGCUCAACACUAUGCAAAACCUGGAGCCCGCUACGCAGACACAUGCACAGGCAGUGUGUGGUCAGAGGUUGUCCACCAUGCAAAAUAUCACACAGCCUCGCUCCAGGAUUGUGGGGGGCUCCCCUGCCCCUCCAGGUAGCUGGCCCUGGUUGGUCAACCUGCAGCUUGAUGGUGGCCUGAUGUGUGGAGGGGUGCUGGUGGACAGCUCCUGGGUGGUCACCGCUGCUCAUUGCUUUGCAGGUAGCCGUAGUGAGAGCUACUGGACAGCAGUGGUGGGUGAGUUCGACAUCACAAAGACUGACCCUGACGAGCAGGUUCUCAAAGUCAACCGCAUCAUCCCUCAUCCUAAGUUCAACCCAAAGACAUUUAACAACGACAUAGCUCUGGUGGAGCUGACAUCCCCGGUGGUCCUGUCCAACCAUGUCACCCCUGUGUGUCUCCCCUCUGGUAUGGAGCCCCCCACUGGUAGCCCCUGUCUAGUUGCAGGAUGGGGGUCCCUCUAUGAAGACGGCCCAUCUGCUGACGUGGUGAUGGAGGCAAAGGUACCCCUGCUGCCUCAGAGCACCUGUAAGAGCGCCCUCGGCAAAGAGCUGGUCACCAACACUAUGCUGUGUGCUGGCUAUCUCUCCGGAGGCAUCGACUCCUGUCAGGGAGAUUCUGGAGGCCCACUGAUCUACCAGGACCGAAUAUCAGGUCGGUUCCAGCUCUAUGGCAUUACCUCCUGGGGAGAUGGCUGUGGAGAGAAGGGCAAGCCGGGAGUCUACACACGAGUCUCUGCUUUCUCAGACUGGAUUCAGGCUGAGAUACAGAAGUCAUUCGGGAGUCGUGAGCCAACCUGUCCUGAACUCCUAAAGAUGACGGAGCUGUCUGAAGAGGAACAGAAGUCAGAGUUCAGUUCCCUAUGUCGCUUCUACUCCCUGACUUGUCCUCCUGGUCAGACAGCCAGCACCUGCAAACAAAUGGCCGAAGACAAGUGCCUCACCCGCUUCAAGAAAUGCCAGUUGCGUUCGUUCCUGCAGACCCUGUUGGACUUGCUCCAGAGGGCAGAGGACUACAUCAGAGACAAGGUGGACCUGACCUUCUUCACCCAGACUCUGCCUCAGCUGGUGGAGCACAUCUACAGCACAGCUUUCACUCACACCAGAGAGAGGAGGGACCUGGGCCUGGGCCAGGACCUCGCACAAGCAGCAGAACUGUUUGGUGGUGCGGUGCUGCAAGAAGAGCAGGGUCCUCCUCCUGUUCCCCCGGCGUUGUUCAGAGGGGUCGGCCCCUUGGUGGACGAUUGGGAAAAAUACCUGAGAAGCCUGGGUGAGGACCUGGAUAAACAACACACUGACACACCAGCAGACAUCUCCUCCACAUCACUAAGACAGGAGGAGAACUUCUUCCUACAGACAGAGGACUCCUCAGUGCAACGGCUCGAGGGAGAGUAUCAGUCUGUCAUCUCAGCUCUGCGCUCCAAACUGGAUUCCAACGCUGCUCCUCCCAUCCUGCACUUGGACACAGCCUACAUCCAGGAGGAGCCUCCCAACACUUCUUCUACAACAUUCGCUGGAACAGUAAUGCACACCGAUUCCCCCUCCUCCCAGGAACCCCAGGGGUCUCCCUCACUUUUGACAGCCCUGAUGGAUGAAAUCCAGAAACUCAGAACAGAGGAUGGAAUUCUGAUGGGAGACACGACACAAAUGAGUGAAACCUUUUCCGACAGAAAUGCCUCUCCUGAUGUAAAGCAUCGUACUACAUCAGAAGAUUCUACUUUGACACAGAGUGGAGUUGCAACAGAAUUCACGUCUCCACCGUUCCCCCUCCCAGUCCAGUCCACAACUGUUUCCCAGUCAGUGGUUGGAGGCGACUACAUAUCAACAACUGCUGACCCCAGGCCUGCUGCCCCUCCUGUCCAGCCCUUAAACCUCCACAGGAAACACCGGAGCCUUCUUCGUAAGAGGCAGUUACCUGGGAGCAGUGAGAAAAUUUGUCCUGGAUUGAGAGAGUCUUCACAGCAUGUCAGCCAAGUUAGGGACUCUUAUCGCUGGGUCCUGGGCAUCCCAACCAAGAAUUUACAAAUGAACUUCCAAGAGGUGUUAGUUGAUCUGAGCUCGAAGAACGAUCGAGGCCUUUACGAGGCGCGAGUCAGAGCAGUUGUGGGAGGGCGACCUCUGACCUUCUACAGCCUGGUGGGUUUGGAGAAUGAGUCCUUCUACCGCAGUAUGCCAAGGAUCAUCGCUUUGGCACUGGAGGCACUCAAAACAUAACUUUAUCCUAACACCAAGUGAAAACACUUGCAAGUGACAAGUGGAGACUCAAAUGAGAGAUGACAGAACAAAGACUCUUAGGACUUCAGUUCUUUGAAGCGGGAGAAAUGCACAUAAAACGCACACUCACACAAACUUUUCAUUCCUCUGCCCUCUCCUGUUUAAAACCCUUUUUUGAAACAUUUUGCCCCCCUGGAGAGCCCUACUUUGGCUGUAAAUGAACACACAACAAUGAAUGUAUCAAGCCAGCUGUUGACCACCCAUCAAGCCACAGGUUGUUUUACGUGUCUGGUGUUAGACACAGCCUUUUCUAACUUAUGAGUCUGUACAAAUAUUAUAAGUUAUUCAUAAUGUCUUUUGCAAAGGUUGAGCCUCUUGUGAAGCACACAGGCUGUAUAUAUUAUCCAUGCUAUCUUUAUUCUUAUGAUAUUUAUUUGUAUAGAAG